AGCGGCCCGCUCUCCAUGGAGGGCGUGGCUGCGGCCGCUGAAUUACGAUGGUGUUUCCUCUGGCCCUGUGGUCUCCGGGAGUCUGGGGGACGUCCUGAAGUACUCUCCCGGCAAGGGUGGAACGUCCUGGCUGGCUUGAAGAGGCCGAGGGAGCGAGGCGGGCGGCAGGGGAGCGCGGGAAAUGCGCCCCUCAGCGCGGGGCGGCGCGGGGCCCCAGUAGGCGUGGAGGAGGCUCGGCGCGGGCCCCCAGCUCCUGCCCGCGGAGAAGGCUUGGCGCGGCCGCGCGGCUCCUCGUUCGCGUCCUCCUCAGGCGUGGCCCGGCGGCCGCGAGCUUCCAGCCCCCCGCGCUAGCCCGCCUCACCCGUGCACGUAAGGAGAGGGCGGCGGCGGCCGGGUGCCUGGCCGGUUGUCUCUAUUUCGAGCUGUCAUCCGGGGCUGCAGCUCCUUCCACCCCGGGGCUAGAGCGUCAGCGUCCACUCUGAGAUGUCGUCUAGGAACAGCUGUCCCGGUUGCAGAUGUUGCUUAUGAUGAAGCUUGCGAGGCCUUCUGUGCGGUCAGCGCCCCCCAGACACGCUCUGCUGUAAACCAAGGGCUGUGAAGUCUUGUCCCUUGCGUGCAGCCCACGCUCCUAAACUCUUGUUCUUAUAGGUAACAUAAACCAGUAGUUGUUAAAUUGGUAAAUUCCUUUGGUAUCCUCCAAAGCGUACAAUCUUGGCAAGGAGUUUUGAUGAUUUCGUUGCUUGGUAGCAGGCUUGCCUUGAAAGCAGCCGUGGUCAUCUCCAACAGAACCUUCGGGUACAUCAGUGCUAAUGAUGUAACUAACUAUACAGUAAUGAUCAAAAUUAAAGAGAAACUCAGGUUGUAGACACUGAAACUUUUGGGGCAAUUGAAAGUUAAGGAGGAAGAGAAAAGUUUUUAAAGUAUUGCAACAUUUUAUUGCCUGAAUAAUUAUACUUUUUCUUGCUGCCUAAUUUUUAAUGCCUGGGGAUAAUCCUGAAGUUACUAUUGCUGUGUAGUGUUUAAUUACAGAUAUAAAAUGUAAAUGGUUUGGCUAUGCGCUGUGAAAGUUUUUCAACUAAAUUAUUUACAUGAUUUAUCUUUUUUUAACAGACUUUUUUCAGUUCUAUUUUUGUUCAUUAAACAUAUUGACAGGUUAUAAAUUUAGUUGUCCCCUCCAUCUCCUCCCAGAUUCACCUCCCCAUUCCCUGUGCACUCAUCUUUGUGUCUUCAUUUUAAUUUUUUAUUUAAUUAAAAUAUAAUUACAUCAUUUACCCUCUUCCAACACUCUCAGAUUCAUAGCCUCUUUUUCAUUAUUAUCGUUACGUGUGUGUGCAAAUAAAUAUAUAAAUGCAACCUGCAGAAGUCUAUUGAAUAUUGCUUGUAUGUAUAUAUUUAUAGAACUGACCAUUUGGUAUUGGAUAACCAUUUAGGGGGUUUGUCUUUACUGUAGUAGUGGAUAGUUUCCUCAAAUCUUUGAAAUUGUAAUUAAUUUCCUGUAUCAUCAUUAGUUUAGUUUUUAGAGAUCUGUCACUGUUAAUUAAAUACAAUUAUAUAUGUUUUGGAGUAUUCAUUUAAUGUAGGACAUACACACCUUGACUUAAAAGAAAAGCUGUCAAAUAAUUUCCUUAGGACUUUGUCAGCCUCCCCACAUAAGAAAAGAAAGUUCAAGGCAGACAUUGGAAGACAUGUCAGAAGAUUCAGAGGAGGAAGACUAUUCAGACAGAAGUAUCAGUGAUGACGAUGAAUCGGAAAAAAGGAUUUUUCUUGAGAAAAUACUUGGGAUGUGGAUACAUUCAUGAAAUUUGUAAGUGAUGAUAUUCAUCAGUGUACAAUACUAGCAGCUGAUGCUAUUGGUGACCCAUUCUUCCCUCGAACUACACAGAUUUUAUUGGAGUAUCGGCUAGGAAGAUGGGUACCACGCCUUCGUGAACCAAGGGAUUUAUAUGGUGUCUCUUCUUCUGGUCCAUUGAGCCCGACACGGUGGCCAUACCACUGUGAGGUUAUUGAUGAAAAAGUCCAGCAUAUUGAGUGGACUCCUUUUUUUCCUGAGCCGGUGUAUGUCCCGACAGGCCUGGAAGUAGAACCUGUUUACCCAAACUCCAAGGAAGAUACUGUGGUUUAUCUAGCUGAAGAUGCUUACAAAGAGCCCUGUUUUGUGUAUUCCCGAGUUGGGGGUAACCGAACACCCUUGAAACAACCUGUGGAUAACUGUGACAACACUUUGGUGUUUGAAGCGAGGUUUGAGAGUGGUAAUCUACAGAAGGUAGUCAAAGUGGCAGAUUAUGAAUACCAGUUGACUGUGCGCCCAGACCUCUUCACAAAUAAGCAUACUCAGUGGUACUAUUUCCAGGUCACUAAUACUCAAGCAGAAAUAGUCUACAGAUUCACUAUUGUCAACUUCACCAAGCCUGCUAGUCUUUACAAUCGGGGUAUGAGGCCGCUGUUCUAUUCUGAAAAAGAGGCCAAGACCCAUAACAUUGGCUGGCAGAGAAGAGGAGACCAAAUCAAGUAUUAUAAAAACAACCUUGGGCAAGAUGGGCGCCAUUUUUUUUCUCUUACAUGGACAUUUCAGUUUCCACACAGCAAGGAUACUUGCUACUUUGCUCACUGCUAUCCAUACACUUACACCAACCUUCAAGAAUACCUUUCUGGCAUCAACAGUGACCCAGUAAGAUCAAAGUUUUGUAAAAUACGUGUCUUGUGCCACACACUUGCUAGGAAUAUGGUGUAUGUCUUAACAAUCACUACUCCCUUGAAGAAUAGUGACUCAAGAAAGCGCAAGGCUGUGAUUUUGACUGCAAGGGUCCAUCCAGGAGAAACCAACAGCUCUUGGAUCAUGAAAGGCUUCCUAGAUUAUAUUUUAGGAGACUCAAGUGAUGCACGGUUGCUUCGGGACACUUUCAUCUUCAAGGUGGUACCCAUGCUGAAUCCAGAUGGUGUGAUUGUGGGAAAUUACCGAUGUUCCUUAGCUGGACGGGAUUUAAACCGUAAUUAUACAUCUCUCCUAAAGGAGUCUUUCCCUUCUGUUUGGUAUACAAGGAACAUGAUCCAUAGGUUAAUGGAGAAACGAGAGGUUAUUUUAUAUUGUGAUCUUCAUGGCCAUAGUAGGAAACAGAACAUUUUCAUGUAUGGCUGUGAUGGUAGCCACAGAUCUAAAACAAAAGGAUUAUACUUACAGCAACGAAUCUUUCCACUCAUGCUGAGCAAAAAUUGCCCAAAUCAAUUUUCCUUCUCAGCUUGCAAGUUUAAUGUUCAGAAGAGCAAAGAGGGCACAGGAAGGGUUGUGAUGUGGAAGAUGGGCAUCAGGAACAGCUUCACUCUGGAGGCCACCUUCUGCGGAUCUACCCUUGGCAAUAAACGAGGCACUCAUUUCAGCACAAAAGACUUAGAGUCAAUGGGAUAUCAUUUUUGUGAUUCUCUAUUGGACUACUGUGAUCCUGACCGGAGCAAGUAUUUUCAGUGUCUGAAAGAAUUAGAAGAAAUGGAAAAACAUAUAAACUUGGAAAGAGUCUUUGAUGAUUCAGAUAAUUCUCUAGUAGAAAUUUCAUUGGAUGUAGAAUCUAGUAGUCGAGGCUCUGAAAGUUCAGAGUCCAAUGACACUCAGACUUAUCUUCUCAAGUUGACCUCUCAGGUAAAAAACAAGAAAAAGUAUCUGAAAACAAAGAGGGAAAGAAAUGCCUCCCUAGCAAAGCGCCAGAAUAACACAAGAGAGGCUUAUGGUAAAGAACGUUUAUUCCAAAGACAAGAAGAAUCAAAUUCUGAUGUCAAAGAUCCAAAGCCAACUGUACCAGAUGUUUAUGUGGCUCAGUGUUUCAGAAGACCAUUGCCUAAUCAAGGCUUGGUGAAAAUUCCUGAACAUAUCUUUUAUCCCCGAAAAACGCGUUCAAGCUCCAGACGUAUGAAUCAGAGUCUUAACAAACACCAACGGACAUAUACUUUAGAAACUUCUAAGAGUCCAAUCCAAGAAGCAGUUCAGUCCAAAGAAAUCAACAUGUAUGAAAGUUGUUUCAAAGUGGCAUCCUUGAAGUGUCCUAUGAACAAACAAACUUCAAAUUGGAUUGAGAAGACAAGGAUACCAACAGAGGCACAACAUGAAUUGAAAAGGAAAGCAAAAAGACGCACAUCUUUUCAAAGCAAGAGGACUGGCACAAACUGGACAGAUGAUGAAAAAAGAAUCUACAGGGAUAAAAGAAUAGCUCAAACUCAGGAGAUAUUACAAUAUUUGCUCCCUAUCGUGGAAUCCUCUAAAAACAUAAAAUCGACUCAAAUCAAAGACCUAUUCAAUCCAGGAGCCGACUUCCAACAACAUCAACUUAUUCCAACUGCUUGCAUAAAUAUAAGAAGAUACAGCACACCUUGGACACCAACCAGAAAUGUCCCUUUUAAAACCCAAAGGAAUCUUAUGACAAAUGCCUCAGAAUGGCUCCGGUCUGUGCCCCAGGGCUCAUUUGAAAGUUUAUCACCCCUCUGCAAUCUUCAGAAGAGGAAAAAGCAUUCCGAACUCUGUGCCAGAGACACUGAAGAUAUGACGCUCCCCAGCAGCAAACAGGAGACUGUUCGCCCUCGUCCUAAAAUGGAUGCAAAUAUUGUCCACGGCAACAGUCUUCAGCUUGAGGAGUCCAUCCUGAAGAGCUCUGAGCAGAUGGUUCCUCGACCAACUAAGAGCAACAAGAAACCAAAUGAGAGUAAUGGCCGCUCACCUUCCACCUGAAGCUCCACGGCAACAGUUCAUCAAGCUGCCAGUUACUCUGAGAACUGUGGCUGAUCGAGAUGUGCUGACACAGUAAAAGUCAGCAGCCCCCCUCCCCCCCUUCACAUGCAUGUGUGGAUACUGAACUACAGAUUUUACAUAGCCCAUCUUCCUUAAAGGAAACAUCUUUCAGAGGUUUUAAAAAUCCAGAGGAAAUAUAGAAACGUUAAAAACACAUAUAUUUAAUUUGUAUCAACAUGGGAAAGAGCUUGAAACUGUUGAUUUCUUCCAAAAUUAUGUGUGUAUAUAACAACAAAAAACUAAGACUUCAAGAAAGGAAAGACAUGCUAUCAGAGAUUUUAGUCACUUUAUUGAAUCCGCAGCCAGCAUCAUUCCUGCAUCUCUUUUAGAUAGUUGGUAUGAUAGAGAAAGCACAGGAGAAAUAAGCAGUAUCUCUCCCUUCUAGAAGAACAUAAUAGAAUUGUUCCUGUGAACGCAUAUGAUAGCUGGGCAGAGUGGCAUACUAGCAAUCCCAGCACUUUGGAGGUAGAGGCAGAAGGAUCAGGGAUUCAAGGCUAGCCUGGGCAACAUUUAAAAAGCAAGAUAAUAAAUGCUAAUAAUAACUGAAUAAGAAUACAUAGUAAAGCACUAAUUUGUAUACCUCCAAUUGAUGAAAUAGCACAUAUUAAAAGAUGCUAAUUGCACAGACUAAAGGGAACCAAAUGACAUGGAAAUAUAUUAUGGUUUCAAAGUCAUUUUACAUCUCAUAAUUAAGCAAAGUUGUAAAAGAUUAGAAGUCCCAUUUCUCCUGGAGUCAGUGAGUGCACACCUCCAGCCUUUUAUUCAAGUGGAUACUUCAGAAGCAAGUCCUACACAUCACAUUUGUCAUAAGGUGGUGAGCAGUCAGGCUAGGGGGUACAAGCUAUAAUCCCAUCUGCUUAGGAACCUGACUGAGAUCACAAGUUCAAGGCAUGCCUGAGCUACGACAUGAGUUCAAGAGCAGUCUCAGCAACCUGAUAAAAUCCUAUAUCCAACCAAAAGACUAAAACAACAAGGAGGGAAACUGGGGGUGUAGCUUAGUGAGAGAACUACAUGCCUAAUGUGGGGAGGCCCUAGUUUACACCCCAGUAUCACACAAAAAUAAAAAUAAAAAUAUAGUGAGUACAAGGAGAGAUUCCUACUGCAUGUGCAAAGAAGUAAGUGUAGCAAGUGUGUCAGUCAAGAUGAAGGUGAGUGAGUGAGGAAGCAGGAGACAGAGCAGACACAGGUCACAGGUCUAAGUGGGAUAAAGAGGUUCUGCAGUCAGUGUUUCUAGUAACUGAGGACUCGAGAGCUCACUGCAGUGUUAAGAAAAUAAAUGUUAUUUGUAGGGAAUUCUGAGCAUAAAUUUCCUCAAGAAUCCUUAUACAUGGUAGGAAACAACUGUUUUUCUCAGUAAGGACUGUGUUGUGGGGGUUGGUGUCUGGGUUCUCAGGUCCCUAAUUUCUUUGCUAGGAAUUCUUACCUUGGUAACUGACACUGUGAUAGAAUACAAGCUCUUAAAAGUCAACCUGCCCUUGUUCUCAUAAAUCAGGGAAAGCUAAACUUCAUGGAAAUCUAAAUUUUUAAAUUGGCAUUUGUUCUUUGAAACUUCAGUUAUAUGAAAGUUUGAGACUACAAACUCUAGAGUUGAACAUCUUUGUGAGUAUAACCAAAGUAAUCAACUGGUUUCUUGGAAGACUGGGGUGUAUAGAGGUAUUUCCUUAAUUAUUUUGCUUUUAUCCUUUCCCUUAUAAUCCCCUGCCCUGUACCAUAUUUUUUAAUGUCUUAUUACAUUAUUUACUUUUUUGUGUGUGGAGGGAGGGGAUGUGUGAAUGCUCAUGCACCAUUGGGUCACGUAUGCCAUGGUACACACGGAGGUCAGAAGACAAUUUGCUGGAGUCCAUUCUCCUCCCACAUGGCUACAGGGAUGGUACUCAGAUGGUCAGGCUUGGCAGCAAGUGCCUGUACCCACCAAGCUGUCUAACAGUCCCUCCCCUUGUCUCUUAUUUGCUGUAAAUACCUGACAUGUAGACCAUUUUCACUUUGUCCUUCAUGUUAUAAUAUUUAAAUUCCCUAAGUAUGCCACUCUUCCAUAAAGACCAUUCAUUCCGUCUGAUUAUUAUGUAAACCUUGCAGUACAACUGGAAAGCCUCUACUUCUCCUUGAAGAUUAAACUCAAAAGUUCCCUUCUCUGGAAAACCUCCACCAGAUCUCUCAGGAAUUUAUAGUAAUUAGAUUAAUAUGCCAAGGCUUUGAGUGGAAUAAGUAGGUACUAUGAGAAAGGAUGAGUAAUACGGAGAACUGUAAACUCUAAGAAACAAUGGCUCGGAAUUAAAGACACUAAUGAAUGCUGA